AAACCAGCCGCACUGUACCGUCCCUGUUACUUUCUCACUACUCAGAAAGAUCUAGAAAUAAAGCAGCGGCUGCACAUUCAUGGGGAUUCAAGAGACUUCUGUAAGGAUCGGGAACUUUCUAAGAAGUUAAUAUAAAUGGUUAGAGAGGAAACCCAACACUGAGUGCUGAAGGAAUAUCCACAUCGGAAGAAACUAAACGUAGGCUACUAUACAGUUUACUCGUUGACGGUCCGAAAUACUUGGAUGGAUUUAAAAUAUGGCAGUUGUUGGAUUUGAUAUUGGAUUUCAGAACAAUUGCAUCGCUGUAGUCAAAGGUGGAGGAAUUGAAACGGUGGCAAAUGAAUUUACAGACAGAUGCACGCCAUUUGCAUUCAUUUCUUACCGAGAUCCUGUAUUGACAAGGAAGAGAAAAACCCACUGAUGAUGGAUGGAGGUGUAACCUGGCCAGUCAGUAGAUUCAGGGCUGUUGUGUCCUUUGGCUCAAAGAACAGAAGCAUUGGAAAUGAAGCAAAAAAUCAGCUGAUUACGAAUUCCAAGAACACCGUGUUCAACUUCAAGAGAUUUUAUGGCCGGCCUUUUGAUGACAUCAUUGUGCAGAGCGAGAGGGCUAAUGUGCCCUAUGACUUGGUCCCAAUAAAUGAUGGCAGAGUUGGAGCCAAGGUCAUGUAUCUGGACAAGGAACACCAGUUCAGUAUAGAGCAGCUUACUGCCAUGCUCCUGACAAAGCUGAAAGAUACAGCUGAGGCUAAUAUACAGAAGAAAGUGGUAGACUGUGUCAUAUCUGUUCCUACCUUCUUCACUGAUGCAGAGAGGAGAUGUGUGCUGGAUGCUGCCCAGAUUGCUGGAUUACAUUGCCUGCGGCUUAUGAAUGAUACCUCAGCAGUUGCCCUACAUUAUGGAAUAUACAAGGAGGACCUUCCAUCCCCAAAUGAAAAACCCAAAGUUGUGAUUUUUGUCGAUAUGGGCCACUCAGCCUUUCAAGUGUCUGCCUGUGCAUUUAAAAAAGGAAAGCUAAAGGUUCUAGCAACAGCAUUCGAUCCUCAUUUGGGUGGUAGGGACUUUGAUCAGAGGCUGGUGGAGUACUUCUGCACAGAGUUUAAUGCCAAGUACAAACUGGACGUGAGGUCACAGGUUCGAGCUCUGCUACGUCUCCAGCAGGAAUGUGCGAAGCUGAAGAAGCUGAUGAGUAGCAGCUCGAUGGACAUCCCCCUUAAUAUUGAGUGUUUAUUUGAUGAUAAAGAUGUCUCAGGAAAGAUGAACCGAAGCCAUUUCGAGGAGUUGUGCACGGACUUGAUCGAGCGCGUCACGAUUCCUCUGGUGACAGUGAUGGAGCAGGCUCAGUUGCAGGUCCAGAACGUGAGCGCUGUAGAGAUUGUGGGGGGGGGCACCCGCAUCCCUGCUGUCCGGGCAAAGAUCGCCAAGUUCUUUGGGAAGGACGUAAGCACUACGUUAAACGCGGAUGAGGCAGUGGCUAGGGGCUGCGCUCUGCAAUGUGCCAUGCUUUCACCUGCAUUUAAAGUCCGUGAGUUUUCCAUCACAGACGUCACCCCAUUCCCGAUAUCCCUCUCCUGGUCUACUGAGGGAGAUGAGUUAAAAGGAUGUCAUGAAGUGUUUGGGAAAAAUCAUGCGAUUCCAUUCUCCAAAAUGAUCACAUUCUUUAGGGAAAACCCUUUUGUUCUUGAAGUGUCUUAUUCAGACCCAUCAUCAUUACCAUACCCUGAGCCAAAGAUUGGUGAAUUUGCAGUUCUGAACGUAUCUACCCAGGAUGAUGGAGAGCGAUCAAAAGUGAAGGUGAAGGUGCACAUUAAUGCCAAUGGGAUUGUUAGUGUGUCCUCAGCUGCCCUAGUGCAGAAACUGAAAGAGGAAGACUAUAAGGCUUGCAGGGCAGAGAGCCUGGAGGAAGAGGCCAUCACGCAGCAAGCAAUUGAUGAACUCGAUGUUCAGGACAAGACACAGGAGAAAGGUGACUCCCAGUUGUCUGGUGAUAUAGAAAAACACUUGGAGCAAGAAUCUCUCCUUGAGGAGAAAGGUCACAGCCAAACCAGUCCUCAAAGUCUUAAUGGAGAGUGGAAAGCUCACCAGCCCCCUGACGCCAAAAAGCCGAAGAUGAAAACCAUGCAUGUUGGUCUGCCUGUCAAAGCGAAACUGAUGCAACAGCUGGGAAAGGAAUAUUUGAACACUUACGCACAGAUGGAGUGUGAAAUGAUACUGCAAGAUCAACAUGAAAAGGAGAGGAACAAUGCUAAAAAUGCUGUAGAAGAACACGUAUACUACUACAGGCACAAGCUGGAGGGACCUUUCCGGAAGUUUCUCAGUGCAGUGGAUCAAGACAAAUUUUCUCAGCUGCUGACUCUGACAGAGGACUGGCUAUACGAUGAAGGAGAGGAUCAGGACAAGCAGGUGUACGUGGACAAGCUGGCAGAAAUACAAAAACUAGGCACGUCUGUUCAGGAAAGAUACGAGGAAGCAGAGCAGAGGCCUAAGCUGUUUGAAGAGCUCACGUCCAAAACCCAGACUUAUGUGAAGAUUAUAGAGGACUACAGGAAUGGGGAUGAUAACUAUACCCACAUUGAUUCACGAGACAUGGAAAAAGUGAGCAAGUAUGUGAAGGAAACGCAGGAGUGGCUGGCCAGCAUCAAAAACACACAGGACCAGUUCAGCCAUGACCAGGACCCUGUGGUGCGCAGCUCUGAGAUCCAUGCAAAGCUUCAGGAGCUAGAGCGCGCGUGUGAGCCGGUGGUGACCAAGCCAAAGCCCAGGGUGGAAUCUCCAGUGGAUGAGAGUAAGCAGAUGAAACCAGAGGAGGAUUCUCCAGGACAGACCACAUGGGAAAAUGGGACAUUCAGCACGGAGGUGGAGGAUGUGACUUUGAAACAGGAGGGACUGCAGAAUAUAGAGAAGCCUAACCUCAGUAUGGAAUUAGAUUGAACCUUCAGAUGUCAUGUCACAUUACAUCACACAAAGCAAAGAGAAAUGCCAAUUUGUGUCUGUGCUGUAUGGAAGGUUAUUUCAGAAAAUUGAGUUUCUUUCCCAAAACAUUUGAAAUGUUACUGAGAAGUAAUAAAGCACUUUUUUGUUCA